AUGGACGUCGUCGUCCAACCGGGGGUUAACUGGGUAACCCUCAAUAAGACGAUGGAAGACUCGGGCCUCUUCCUCCCCCUAGACCCCUCCCCCACCGCCAUGAUUGGCGGUAUGGUUUCCACCAACUGCAGCGGCACAAACGCCUUUCGCUACGGAACCAUGAAGGACUGGGUCAUCAACCUCACCGUCGUUCUCGCCGACGGCCGCGUCAUCAAGACCAGACGACGACCGCGGAAGAACUCGGCCGGGUACAACCUCACCUCGAUGUUUGUCGGCGCCGAGGGAACGCUGGGGCUGGUUACGGAGGUUACGCUGAAACUUGCCGUCGUGCCGCAGGACACCAGCGUCGCUGUGGUUUCGUUCCCAACGAUUGACGAAGCUGCGAAGGCGGCCACGAAGCUGAUCCGUUCGGGAAUCCAGCUUGGGGCGCUGGAGUUUCUGGACGAGGUGCAGAUGCAGGUCAUUAACCGGCAUGGGAGUGAGGCUGUUAGAAGAACGGCAUGGGAUGAGAGUCCAACUCUUUUUUUGAAGUUCUCAGGAACAACCGAGGCCAUCAAGGGGGAUGUCUCCCGGGUGAAGGACAUUGUGCAGCCUUUCAAGCCACGCAAAAUCUUCUUCGCCAGGAACAAGCAGGAGGAGGCCGAUCUCUGGGCCGCGAGGAAGGAGGCAUUGUGGACGAUGACUUCGAUCAAGCCCGAAGGAUACUCGCUGUGGUCUACUGAUGUGGCCGUACCCAUCUCGAGAUUGGCCGAGAUAAUUACGCUGUCCAAAGAGGACUCUGGCAAGUUGGGCCUGUUUGCGAGCGUCAUCGGCCAUGUCGGCGAUGGCAACUUCCACCAGGCGGUCAUGUACGACCCGAAGAACGAGGAACAGCAAGCAUCAGUUGCCAAGUGUGUUCACGAUAUGAUGAGCAGGGCUUUAGAGAUGGAGGGGACGGUUUCGGGCGAGCACGCGAUUGGGAUUGGGAAGAAGGACUGCCUUGUUGAGGAGCUCGGCAGGGAUGCGAUUGACUUCAUGAAGACUUUGAAGCAAGCAGUGGAUCCCAAGUGGAUCAUGAACCCAGGCAAGGUCUUCGAUCUUCCGACUGGCUCUAAAGCUAUUGCGGCCUCAUAA